AUGAAGGUGCUGGGGACACACGUCCUCUGGAUGCUGCUCCCGAUCCUGCCUUGGGUGGUGCGCGCGGCCGAGCACGAGGAGGUGGCCAAGCAUGCCAUCAAGCUGCACCGGGGGCGGGGGGCGGCCGCUACACAGCGGGGGCAGUGGGUCCUGGACGGCUGCCGGAGGCUCUCUGGGCUGCUCCGCCAGAAGAGUGUGGUUCUCAACAAACUGAAGAGCGCCAUCCGCGCGGUGGAGAGAGACGCCAGUCUGUCGGAUGAGGAGAAGCUCUUCCAGGUGCACACGUUCGAGAUUUUCCAGAAGGAGCUGAACGAGAGCGAGAACUCCGUGUUCCAGGCCAUCCAUGGACUGCAGCGAGCCCUGCAGGGGGACUACCGAGAUGUCGUGAACAUGAAGGAGAGCAGCCGGCAGCGCCUGGAGGCCCUGAGGGAGGCCGCCAUCAAGGAAGAGACAGAAUAUGUGGAACUUCUGGCAGCAGAAAAGCAUCAGGCCGAAGCCCUCAAAAACAUGCAGCAUCAGAACAAAAGCUUGUCCAUGCUGGACGAGAUCCUCGAAGACGUACGCAAGGCAGCAGACCGCUUAGAGGAGGAGAUAGAGGAACAUGCUUUUGACGACAACAAAUCUGUCAGAGGGGUCAACUUCGAGGCGGUUCUGAGGGUGGAGGAGGAAGAGGCCAACCCUCGGCCCAACCUCACGAGGCCGGAGGUGGAGGAAGGCCUGGGCCUCAGCAUGCUGAUCGACUCCCAGAACAACCAGUACAUUCUGACCAAGCCCCGCGACUCCACCAUCCCACGGGCGGACCCCCACUUCAUCAAGGACAUUGUCACCAUAGGAAUGCUGUCCUUGCCGUGCGGCUGGCUCUGCACGACAAUAGGGCUGCCGACCAUGUUUGGGUAUAUCAUCUGUGGUGUGCUCCUGGGACCGUCAGGACUGAACAGCAUUAAGUCUAUUGUACAGGUGGAGACGUUAGGAGAAUUUGGGGUGUUUUUUACCCUCUUCCUUGUUGGCUUAGAAUUUUCCCCGGAAAAGCUGAGAAAGGUGUGGAAGGUCUCCCUGCAGGGCCCGUGCUACAUGACGCUGCUGAUGACUGCGUGCGGCCUGCUGUGGGGCCACCUGCUGCGGAUCAGGCCCGCACAGAGCGUCUUCAUCUCCACCUGCUUGUCCUUGUCCAGCACGCCCUUGGUGUCCCGGUUCCUGGCGGGCAGCGCCCGGGGAGACAAGGAAGGGGACGUGGACUACAGCUCGGUGCUCCUGGGCAUGCUGGUGAUGCAAGACGUGCAGCUGGGGCUCUUGGUGGCCAUCAUGCCCACGCUCAUCCAGGCGGGUGCUGGCUCCUCUCCCAGCGUUGCCGUGCAGGUUCUGCGGGUCCUGCUCUUGGCCGGACAGGCUCUGCUCUCGCUGGCCGCCGUCCUUCUCGUGUGUCUUGUCGCAAAGGCGUACCUCGUGGGACCCUGCUACCGGAAGCUGCACGCGGAAAGCAAAGGGAACAAGGAAAUCCUCCUCUUGGGGAUGUCUGCCUUCGUCUUCUGCAUGCUAACGGCCACGGAGCUGCUGGAUGUGUCCAUGGAGCUGGGCUGCCUCCUGGCCGGCGCACUUGUGUCCUCCCAGGGCCGCAUGGCCACCGAGGAGGUGGCCGCCUACGUUGAGCCGGUCCGCGACUUCCUGGCCAUCAUCUUCUUCGCGUCCAUAGGGCUCCAUGUGUUCCCCACAUUUGUGGUGUAUGAGCUCACGGUGCUGGUGUUCCUUACCUUGUCUGUGGUGGUCAUGAAGUUUGUGCUGGCGGCGCUGGUCCUGUCCCUCAUCCUGCCCAGGGGCAGCCAGUGUAUCAAGUGGAUCGUGUCCGCCGGGCUGGCGCAGGUCAGCGAGUUCUCCUUCGUGCUGGGCAGCCGCGCACGGAGAGCCGGCAUCAUCUCCCGGGAGGUGUACCUCCUCGUCCUGAGCGUGACCACGCUCAGCCUCUUGCUUGCCCCGGUGCUGUGGAGAGCCGCUAUUCUGAGGUGCCUUCCAAGACCCGAGCGCCGGGCCAGUCCCUGACAGCCCGGGGCUGCCGUGGCCUUUGGGUGGGUCCCUCAGGAGGGAGGAGCACACAGAUGGCGUCCUUGCCCAGCUGUGAGCCGCACACCU